AUGCUCAGCGAGGCCCAAGUGGCAAAUCUCAUCAACCACCUGGAGAGACUGAUCAAGAAGGCCAACGGGGAGUACGAGGCGACGUGGCACAUGCUCAAAACCAGCUCUCGCUGCAAAGCCUCUGAGGCCGCGAUGGCGCGCAGGCUGCACGAGAAGGGGUAUCGUUUCUACAGCAUGCGCCACAAGCCUUUGCUGACUGAGCAGGACAUCCAGAACCGCCUCGAGUUCGGGGAGAAGUACGCGAAGAAACCUGCGUCUUGGUGGCAGGGACACGUGCACAUGCACAUUGACGUGAAGUUCUUCCCCGUCCUGCUCACGGGCAAGGCCCGUCGCCACGUGGCCCAGUCUGGCACGCGGGGCGUCAUCCGCCGCCCAGGCGAAGGCCUCAACGCAGGCUACGUCAAGCCGAACCCGAAGUUGAAGUACAACACGGGCGCGAAGGGGGUGCACAUUUUGGCUGGCGUGGGCAAUGGGAAGGUGCUGGCGUGGGAGGAGAUCCAGGGGAACUGGAAUGCUUCGGAGGCCGCGCGCAUCUACGAGGGCCCCAUCCUCAAAGCGCUCAAGGCGGAGCACCCAGGGACGAAACGCUUCCGCGCCCUCGAGGACAGCGACCCCUCUGGCUUCAAGGCCACCAAGGGCGUCGCCGCCAAGCAGCGCGCUGGAAUUCAGGCCUUCGAGAUUCCUGCUCACAGCCCUCAGCUCAACGUGCGCGACUACUGGUUGUGGCGCGAGGUCAACGCGCGCAUGCGCGCGCGGGAACGCACGUUCCCGACGGGCAAGCGCGAGACCCGCGUCGCGUUCAUUCGGCGCCUCAAGCGCACGGCCAAGUCCAUCCCGUCGGACUUGAUCCGCAAGAGCAUCGGCGGCAUGAAGAUGCGCUGCCAGCUCUUGCUUGAGGCCCAGGGGGGCCAGAUCGAGGCGCGCCUGGGGCCCGCCGCGCGGCAGCCAGACAUGGCGGCCGCGGCCGCUGGCCCAGCCGUCGGCCCGGCGGGGCCGCCUGCCCGGCGGGUGCGCCAGAAGACAACGCCCCAGGACAGCCUCCCCGAGCCCCUCUCGCUCGACGAGGAGGCCGAGCAGAACGCGAAGACAAGCGUCUGGCUGGUCACCUUCCCGCGCCCGCUCGCAGAGAGAGCGGAAACUGGGGAACGUCUCGCGGCGCCGGGCUCAGAGACACGGGAGCAGAUGAUGGAGGUCUUCUUGGAUGCUUGCGCGAACCCGGCGCGGCCCCAGCAAGGACGCGCCGCUGGGCAGACAGCGUUGCCCAGGCUGGCUUCCUACUUCCAGGAGUACCACCGCCCCGACCCAGACAGCCGAGAGCAGCACCAGCACGGGCACCUCGCCGUGAAGUUUGGCGGAAGCGUGCGCUUCCUGCCAAUCAAGAAGGCGCUGCUGGCGCGGCGCGGGCUCGCGUCCCACUGGAAGGGGGGCUUCAGCGGCUACUGGCAACCUGCGCGGCGCCGAGUGCGGUGCUGCGGACUGGCGUCGCCCCCGAAGAAGCCCGCGGCGGCCUUGGACCCGCGCCUGGUGCUCUGGGCCCCGCCUGGCGAGAAGCCUCACCCAGCCAUCCUGGACAGCGUGCGCGAGCCGGUGACAGCGGCUGCCAUGACUGCCAGGAGGCUCCGCGCCGACAGCGUCGCAGCGGAGCAGGGGAAGGAGCCGGGUCGCCUGACGGGUGGCGACGUCUGGGGCGCGCCCGACGACCGCGCCGCGGACCAGCAACUGGCGCUGUUCGCGAAGCAGCAUGCUGGGCAGGCGAUGGUCGAGUACUUGUUCAAGCGCAGGAACACUUUGAACAGCGUCAUCGACGAUAUCUGGGCCUGGGAGGAGAUCGACGACAGCACUGUGCAGCAGUGCCGGGCCACGCGCCUCGAGGCGAUGGCCGCCGCCGCCAGGGGCGACUGCGUCUGCAGGGGCCAGUGGCUGUCCUACGCGACGUCCAGCAUGGUGGCGAACGGCGUGCCCUUGGCGGAGCUCUGCUACGAUAUCCACGCCCGGGUAACGAGCGUUACCCCCCAGAGGAUAAAAAAACAAUCUCUGGCUGGAUCCGUCGGCGGCGAGGGGAAGAGCAUCUUCCUGAGGGCUCUGCUGAACGUCUUCGCGACCCACCGUGCCGUCUUCCCGACGCCUUCCAAGGGCAAUUUUCCUUUGUUGCACAUUCCAGAAGCGAAGGUGUGCUUCUUAGACGAGUGCCGGUUCAAUCCAGACAUCGUGUCUUACCCAUUGCAGCAGCUAUGGUUCGACGGGGGCGCAUUGCCGCUGAGCCGGCCCCAGAAUGAAAAAGGGUGCCCUGGGCACUUCUUGCACAAAGGUUCGGCCCCUGUUUUCAUCACGACCACGUUGGCGGACCUAGACGUCCUGGAGGCUGCAGCGCAACCGAGCCCCGCGACCGGGAAACCCUUCGACACGGAAGCUUCGAUGCUUAUGCGGCGUUUGAAAAUCUUUCGCUCCAAUGUGAGACAGCCGAAGCCGGCGGCGACUUUGCCGCAUUGCCCGUGUUGUUUCGCCAGGCUUGUCAUUGGGCAGGCCACGGCGUACGCUGCAGCCGCCGCGCCCCCGGCGCCCGUCGUGUGA